AUGGCCUCACAAACUCCCUUGGGCGAACAGCCUGCACCAAUGCCCGCAGACGACUACGCCCAACCCAGCCGAAGUAAAGGCCGAUUCCGCUUCAAGAGCAGCUCCUCGCGCGACGGCAAGCGUUCCCAUCGCAGACAUGAAUCCCCUUCCCGCGAGCGCAAACGACACCACAGCUCCCGGCGGCACCGCUCACCGCGCAGCUCGAAACGGCGCCACAAGCAGCGUGCCUCACCCUCGCCGGACCCGCACGCGCCUCCCACGCUAGACCCCGAAGCUGCCUUCCGAGAAUCACUCUUUGACGCGAUGUGCGACGACGAAGGCGCCGCAUACUGGGAGUCCGUGUAUGGCCAGCCGAUCCACACAUACGCCGUGCCCGGGGUACCGAAGGGCCCAGAUGGCGAACUUGAGCAGAUGUCGGACGAGGAGUAUGCAGCGUAUGUGCGGGCGCGGAUGUGGGAGCGUACACGGGAGGGGAUGCAGGAGGAGCAGGAGCGGCUGCGGGCAGAGCGCCGGAAGGCCAAGGCGCGCGAGGACACACACAAUGCUCGGGAGCGGGAACGGCUAGGUUUUGAGCGUGCGAUGGAGGAGAGUCUGCGGCGGGGCGCGGAGCGUAAGAGCCGCAAAAAGUUGGAAAGUGCGUGGACGCAGUACCUGGCGCGAUGGGAGGAGAUUGCGACGAGGGCGCAGGGAUCUGGCGGGCCAGGGAAGGAGGACGCUCCGGCUGCGUCGACGCCGCUACGGAAUCUGCUUUUCUGGCCAGUUGAAUCAGGCAAGCGGAAAGAUGUCACGCCAGAUUCGGUACGGGAGUUUAUGCGGCAUGCGCCCGCGGCCGCGGGUCUGUUGGCGACUUUGAAGGUGGAGCGGGUGCGCUGGCACCCGGACAAGAUCCAGCAUCGAUAUAGCGGGCUAGGCAUUGAUGAGGUGGUGAUGCGCAGUGUGACGGAGGUCUUCCAGAUCGUGGAUCGCAUGUGGAAUGAGGAGCGUGAGCGAGCUGGAUGA